UGUCCGCCUUGUGCGACCUCAACGGCCUCGCCUCUUAAGCGUUCCUCACUUCCAUCUCUGUCGUUUCAUUUUACUUUGAAACUGUAAUUCAAGUCUUGCAUGUCAAUCGUUUCGUUUCCCUUUGAAACUGUAAUUCCAUUCUUUCAAUGUUCUCUCUUUCAAUUGAAGUCCCACUACUUUCCCAUGUUACUUGAAUUCCUAUAUAAUGCUUUCCACUUGAUCUCUAUUCUGUAUCGUAAAUCUCAAAUCUCUCUCUUUUUUCUUUUUCCUUCAUCGAUCGGUAUGGAGAAGGAUAAGAAGAAUAAGAAGAAUAAGAAGAAUAAGAAGAUGGAGUGGUUUUGGCCGGAGAAGAACAACGGUGGAGUUAUUUUGGAGAUGGAGGAUGUGGCGGCCGAGCAUUUAUCUAGAGAAGGGACAAUGAGUCAUUACAGUUUCAGCAAAGGUCUUCUUCCGCCGCUCGGAGUCGGAUCCGCAUGGAAAUCAACCCGCAUGAUUUGUCCACCUUUUUAACGUUUCGAGCAAGCUAGAAACGGAGGAUCCCACGCUCUGCAACAUUGUGCAACUCAUCAUCAGUCACAGUGAUGCGCUGUUGCUUCAUCGUCUCUCCCUUCGAUCCUCGCUACAGAGCGUGGGAUCCUCCGUUUCGAAAAAAGGUGGACAAAUCAUGGGGGUUGAUUUCCUUCUGAUUGAUGAAAAGUCUACUUUGAUGCAAGGCUCCAUUUACGUCACCCACCUUCUCAAAUUCGAACAUGCUCUGCGUGAUGGGGCUUUUAUAGAAACAAAAGAGGUUGUUUCUUCCGUCUUCAGUGGAGAGGAAGGUUCAGAGGAGUGAUAGUACACGGUCAAGCCAAACAAGAAACAACACGGUUUGAGGAGACGAUACAAAAGGAUGAUGUAGUGAUUGAGAGACUCAUUUCGAAGCUUCUUAUUGCGAAUGAUCAGUUAGAAGCAAUAUCAGAAGCAAUAUCUGCAGCUGAAGAAAUAGUCAGCUCUCUUGCUGACAAUUUAACUACUUCAUUUGAGAAGCUAAAGAAUGAUAAAGAAGCUGCAAAGAAAGAGGAGCUUGAGCUAAAAGAAGAAGCAAUAGUCAUCGAGAGUGAAGUACAAAACACAUAAAUAGGAAUUGGUGAAAAGGAGAAAGAGUUGCUUUCAAAGUAAGAUGAGCUUGAGAACGCUAAGCACGCAGAGGCUUUAGCUCUCGAGAAGCUCGAGUCUAUGGCAGAUAAGACAAUGAAAACUCGGGAAAUGGAAUCUCAGAGAAGUUCAACCAUUACAAUCUCAAGAUUUGAGUACGAGUAUUUGAGUGGACAAGCUUGUCACGCGAAAGAAGCUGCAGAGAAGAAAGUGGAAGCUGCAAUGGCGUGGGUUGAAGCACUCAAGGCUAGCACUAACGCGAUUUUGUUAAGGACGGAAUCUUUAAAGAGAGUGAGUGGGAAAACAAUGGUGGAAGAAGAAAGGGCAUCGUUCAGGAUGCAUAGGUCGCUAUUGAUAAAGAGACUGGUCCAAAAUGAGAUUCAAAAGUUCAAGCAGAAGUUAGAAGACUAUGGCGUGAUCAGGUCUCCUAAACCUAUAAGAAAAUCGCUUCAAAGUCACAAAGAGAACUCAGGAGACAAAGGCUUGAUCAACUCUCCUAGACCGGUAAGAAAAUCGGUAAGGCUGAGCGGGAAGUUCACACCGGUUCAGGGAGGGAAGUCGAGAAGAUACUCAUCAUGGAACAGAGCGACUCCAACGUUCUUUGUAAUCAAGAAGAAGAAGAAAGUUCCAAGCUUGGUUAAAAAUUUGAGCAGGAAAAGGCGUAAGUCCUCUUUAGAACAAUGAGAAGUUUAGUUAUCUUGCUGCCGUAACUGAGUUUUGUUUUGCUUGCAUUUUAAAGUUUCACAUUGUUUGUAAUUGUAAUGUAUAGCUUGUAACCGGUU